GAAAACUUUUUUCACUGGGUAUUCCUUUCUCUGGUGGAAAAUGGGUUCACGGAGGACAAUGACACGCUCCUCUUCUGGCAAUGGAAGAUACAGCAAUGGGGAUGAUAUCAGUGGGAGUAGCCGGCCUGGUGGCUGCAGCUACCUCUCUAAUGUGAGGCCAGAGAACAGGAGCACACUCUGCAGUAUGAUGGCACAGUUAACUGAGGAAACACAGCCCUCCUUCGAAACAACCCUGAAGUCGAAAGCUGUGUCCGAGAAUUGCAAUGUGAAGUUCUCUUGUGUGGUUACAGGACACCCUGCUCCUCAGAUUAUUUGGUAUAAGGAUGAUGUGCAGUUAGACAGAUACUGUGGACUGCCUAAAUACGAAAUAUUCCGCAAUGGACAAAAUCAUUCCCUGCAAAUUUACAAUUGCACUGUGGAUGAUGCAGCUAUAUACCAGGCCUCAGCCAGCAACAGUAAAGGUAUAGUGUCCUGUUCUGGUGUUCUAGAGGUGGGUGAAAUGAACGAGUUCAAGAUCCACCAGCGCUACUUUGCCAAGCUCAAACAAAAGGCUGAGAACAGACACAGGGAAGCUGAAGGGAAAGAAAACCAGGAGCCGCUACGAACCAUCAGUCCAGACCGCACACAGAGGAAACGCCGCUCCACAAUGGAGGCCUUUCUCAGCACGCCAGGCUCCAUGGAGUAUGAGGGCAAUGAGGAGAGCCAUCAGGCUGUAGCUGUAGAGACUGAGGCCAGGUUACAGGAGGCAACAGUGGAAGAGGUGGAAGAAAAGCCAGUCCCAAUCACUAAUGGAGCAGUGUCUGCUGUAACUAACGGACAGGCCAUCAGUGAAAACGAUGACAAGAGCGGGACAUAUAUAUACGACUCUGCACAGAAGAUUUUCAAUUCACACCAUCCCAAAACUCCCUUUGUCAAAAAGAAGAUUAAAAUUUCCAACAGUGCAAAAGUUGCAAAAUCAGAUACACCAGGAGAGUGGCCAUCUGAGGAGAGAAGGGCAAACAAUGAGCCCUCCACCUCUGCAGCUCUGACCUGCACUGAGUCAACACAGUCUGAGGGGAAUUCAGAAGAGGUUAUGGAAGUAGAAAAUACUGUCGGUUUAUCAGUUGUGGAUUCAAGCUUCAGAAAUGUGACAAAACAUCAGAAAUCAAAAUCAGAGAAAGUAUUGCUUGUUGAAAGGCCUUCAAGGGAUGAGAACACAUGUGUUAAGGUAACUGUGCCUACACAGAAAGAACCGCUUUCUGCCUCAUUACCACCUGCUGCUCUUACAUCCACAAGGCGUACCGUGUCAGGAACUGAAAAUAAACAGGCUGUUAAGCAUGAGAAGGAAGCUGGACGCAAAGAUAGAGAAGAAAAUUUGGAAAUGCAACUGACUACAACACAACUACAGUCUGCUGCAGCAGCACUGCAACAACCCCUCAGUACAGUGCAGGAGGACAUUUCUAAAACAGAACAUGUUAUUGUCAUGGAUGUUGACAAAAAGUCAAAAACAACCACUGGUGCAUCUUUAUCACACAGAGGCACUGAGUCGGAUCUACCGUGUGAAAGAAGGACUGCUUUACCUCAGAGUCCAUGUAAACAGGCUGCAGGUCAGUUGUCUGAGAAGGAAACAAGCCCCUGCCAAAAAAAUGUGUCUCAGCCAGCGCUGCUGAGUGAGGUUACACAGGCCCAUACAAAGAUGAACAGGAAUGAUGCACCUGUCAGCCUUGAGCUUCCACUCAACCGGUGCACAAUGGACGCACAGCUACCACAAAACGAUCCACCAGAGAGAGACACUACGACAGUUCAUGUCCAGACCCCUUCUUUGCACUGUGGUCUUCAAGCAGUGAUUGACAAAAUGACACAGGACACAUGGGAUCAUUCCAUGGGAUCAAAUGAAAGCCAUACGGUCCUUUUUACAGACCUACAGAAGUCACCCUUCCAAAGCCCUGGUGGUGGUGAGAAAACCCAAGGGUGUAAUGUUUCCCCCAGCGCCCAGCAAAGCCAAGUUGAUACUGCUAUAAAAACUGUUGAAGGGACAGAAAUACAAGUUGAUGAGAAGGUAGAGAGUAACGAGGAAGGUAAGUUAUUAGGGCAGUCUGACAGUGUGGCCCCAAGUGAGACGAUAGUUGAGAUGGAGACUGAAACUGCCUCUCUACAUAUGACUGAACGCAUUGAAACUGAAAAGAACAAAGAUGCAGUAGAUAAAGACACAGCUGUUAUUAUUGUGGAUGCCUCUAAUAAAGAAACUGAGAAGAAGGGACAUAUAUUAAAAAUGGCAGAGAGAACUAGUUUAGAAUUACAGAAUCUGAAGUCAACAACAUUUGAGCUUGCCAACCCACUCCUAACAAAACCUCCUGAAAACACACGAAAGUUAUCUGUCCAAAUUAAAGCCUUCCAAGAAAUUCCAAAUCCUGUAACAAAAGUCAUAUCUAUAGCUGAACUUUUGAGAUCACAAAUAAAGGCUCUUGACUCCACAUUAGCAAAUUCAGUGACCACCACGGCCCAUGCAACUACAACUCCUACAGAAACACGUGAGGAGCUAAAAGAUAACAACAGCAAAUGUAAAUCGGAAGUGAAGACGUCAACGCCUGACAGGAGUAUUGAUGAUAUUCCUCCCAGAAACAUCAAGGAAACCCUAAUGGAGGUUUAUCAUCAACUAAAUGAAACUGAUCGGGAUCAAAUUCACAUUCACGGUGCAACUUCGCCACCUGUUCAGGCUUUACAAAAACCUCUUGUUAUCCCACCUAUCUCUGUCAUUGACACUGGCACCACUACAGAGACUGCACGACAACAUGGACAUGCAACAAAAUAUAAUGAAGGAGUUAUGGACACUGGAGCAUCAACUCUGGUUCCUCAGAAAGAUUUCCCACUUGUUUGCCUUUCUGGAAGUGAAAAUGUCAGACACAAUUUUUCUCCCUCGAUUUGUCAGGACGACCUGACCAAUAAACUGACAGCAAUUUCAACCCUAUCCAGAAAUGUCAGUCGAGAACCUGGGACUCCACUUAGAGUGGCACCUAUAAAGUCCAGUGGUCAGGAGUCAAAUAUUACUGUUUUGGAGCAUGUCAAAGAUGAAUCUCUUCAAGGCAAAGAUGUGGGAUUUAUAAAAAAGUUAGCUCCAGAAAUUAAACUUAACAGCAAAACUGAAAAGGGGAUUACUGAAAUGAAUUCUACAACACUUUUGUAUCAAGACAAAAGUGAAGAACACAACACAAAAAACAGUUCUUUGCAGAGUUUACAAAAGUUUCCCACUAACAGUGAACUUGGCACAGGUAAACAAGAGAAUAAUCUUCAACUUAUUCAACAGGACAACUCUAUGUUUGAGGAAUUAUCAAGGACUGACUCAUUAGCCAGUCCAACUCCUGAAGCUAGUCCAUUGUUAAAGAAAAGAAAUUGUGUCUCUCCCAUUCCUUCUGCUACUCCACGAGAGCUGGCCUCUGGGGCCCGACGGAAAAUCCUAAUACCCAAGGCCAAACCUGAGGAAACCUCUGAAGCCACAUCGCAGGUUGAUAACCAAACUCUGAAAAAGGAAGUUUCUAUGCAGAACAGCAAGCUUUCCGCAAGUCCCAUGACUCUCUCUACGUCUCCAAGCCUGUCACGACGGUCACCUCUACUUCAGUCCCCCGGUGAGCAAACUUCUCCUGCAGAAAGGUGUUCUCCACUUUUGAGCAGGAGGAAGGUGGCAUCUGAUACUCAAGCACCAAGCCAGCAGCCCACUGAGGAGAUCCAAACCCAUAAAACUGAGGGGAAACCUGCAGAGAAGGACAAGCAUGACCCAUUCAAAGCUCCUCAAGUUAUUCGAAAGAUCAGGGGCGAAUCCUUCGCAGAUGCCUCAGGACACUUGAAAUUAUGGUGCCAGUUCUUCAACGUUCUGAGUGACUCUACAAUCAAAUGGUACAGAAAUGAAGAAGGGAUUGCUCAGAUUAAAAGAAAUGCAGGGGACGAAACUAAGGUCAAUCUUGCCAUUGUUCAGGCAUCAUGCAAAGACUCUGGUGUUUACCGAUGCAAAAUCACAAAUGAAUAUGGGACAGACUCAACAGACUUUCUUCUUAGUGCAGAUAUCAUGGCUGGAAUGUCCUUACGUGAGGACCUUGGUGUUGGAGAAGAAAUUGAAAUGACACCCCUGAUAUUCAGCAAGGGUGUGGCUGAUUCUGGCGUCUGGGGCAACAAAUUCUUUGGCCGCAUAAUGAUGCAGGAAUCUCAUAUUGGUGAUGGCUGUUCUCACAAAGUCUGGAGGGCAAAAGUCAUCUAUGGUCUGGAGCCUGUGUUCGAGUCUGGAAACACAUGUAUCAUUAAAGCACCCAACCCCAUCGCCUAUGGAGGUAAAGCAGAAAGCUGCCUUAUAGACAGAAACCUGGACAUUGUCAAGCAGGAGUGUAAAAUUCAGAACUUGGCUCGCGAAUACUGCAAAAUCUUCUCUGCAGAAGCAAGAGUGAUUGAACACUUUGGCCCCUCUCUUGAAGUGAUUCCAGUCUACUUGAUGUACCGACCGGCAAACACUGUCCCUUAUGCCACAGUGGAGGCUGAUCUGACAGGGGUCUAUCAGAAAUACUCUGUCCUGGAUCAUACAGGCAGAAUAGACAUGAGGACUGACUCUGAGGUGGAGCAGAAGUGUUGUGCCCUGCAGCACUGGGUCUUUCAGUGGACCAGUGGCAAUCUGCUACUCACUCGGCUAGAAGGUGUUGACACCAAGAUCACCAAUGUUGGAAUUUCAGUCAAAUCAACGGGGAAUCAAGGUCUAUCUGUUGAAGGGGAUCCCAAAGUUUUUGAGCAAUUUGUCUCCCAGCACCAGUGUAACUACUUCUGUGGUCUGCUCAGCCUGAGGUCACUAAAGGUCAUGGACUCUCUAUUAACGCCAACGAAGGCCAAGGGCUCCAGGAGCCCGUUAAUUCAACGCAGAACAGGUGCUGGCUCCUCCAGCCCUCAGACAGGCCGGAAAGCUGCUGGCAGCCCCAGACUACCCAGGAAGACUGAGCAAGAGGGCAGAAAGACCCCAACUAAACAAAAAGCUGCUGAUCCUCCCAAAGUUGUUAAGAUGGAAUAGAGUAAUUAUCACUCAAUAAGACGUCAGAGAUCAUAGAUUUUCUCAAUGGACUCAAAUCCCAUUGAGUUUCUCCAUGCUGAACCAGAAACCGGAAAUGGUUCACUGUUGGUACAUAUCAGCAAAACAGCCCAGAAGGAACGGUGAGACAGAAACAGGGCUGAUGACACCUUUAUUUUUAAGAGAGGUGUAAAACCUUCAGAGAACAGGACAGAGAUAUAUAAAUAACAUGACUUAACUAUUUAACAGCCACCAUUCCUUGCCAUUAUUACUUAUUGCAGAUCGAUGCCCUCGCAUGUUGUUGUGAUUAUCGAUUGUACAAUGUACAAUGUACAUCAUUGUACAUUGUACACAACAAAUCUUAGGGUUGAAACUACCUUGUAGUAGUGAGUAGCUUUCCUGAGUUUGCAUUGUAUCAAUCCAUGUACCAUUGUAGGUCACAGAUUGUGAGUCCCAAUCUCAGGUCAGACUGUACUAAAUUAAUGUGCAAGAUGAAACAUUUUGAAAUGACGUGGCAUUUUAGGUAGUCUUUGUAAUUUGCACUGGGAUAGCACAAACAUGUAUCAUUUGUAGUCACCUUUGUGAAUGUUAAGAACCAUGAGCUGGGAGCAAACAGCCUUUUCCCCCCAGGAAUGUAUCAAGCCAAAUGUAGCCUUACAUGACACUGUUGUACAGUGGCUAAUGGUGCUGUGCUUUCAUACUGUAACCUGUCAUGUUUACUUGCUAUUCUACAUUGCACUGCAUUUUUAGGAACUGCACCUUUGAAUGCAACUGGCUGUAAAAUAAAAUAUAUGAUUACACCUUG